AUGCAUACCAUUGGCGUUGAGGAAGAGCAUCCCAAUAGUCAUCAGCAACGGGUGAUAAUUGAAGACCUGUUGGGGUGUGGCCACGGAAUAGCCAUCCAAUUAUGCGUCCAAACGGCACAAGACAGGGCUGUCACCACUCCAUGCGGUCAUACCUAUUGUCACAAUUGUCUCACUCAAUGGCUGUCCAAAGAUCGCAAUACUUGUCCUCAAUGUCAGCAUAAGUUGUCCAGAAAGAGAGGCAAACAGGGGAUCAUUAAUAACGUGCAGAUUAUUAGUGGAUAUGUUUGCAACAAGAAUCUCAUUGUAAAUAAUAUUAUCUCCAAAUUGGAGAUCAAAUGUAAGUUUGUGGGCAAUGGGUGUCCGGAAGUGAUAUCAUUGGAGCAGUUGGAGACACAUCUCAGCACAUGUGGCCAUCAGUUAUGCAAAACAUGUGGCAUUUGUUUUGUCCAUAAUGUCCACAAUUGUAUGGAUGUGUUGAAGACAAAGAACAAUGUAUUGAAGAAAAAGUCACAGAAUUUAAAGAAAAACAAGAAUUUGUUGACACAAAAGGUCACAGAAUUGAAGGAAAAGAGCGAACGGAACGAUCGGAUACUGAGACGUCUUUCCACUCUAUUGAUGCCAAUGAGUGACUUUCAAUCGGAUAAUCCGUAUCUGUUUUCUACAGAAUACGUACGGAUUGGCAAAUAUAGAGUCGACCACUGGUUUAACCUAUUGUUGUGCUCGGAUGGCAUCAAAUUGCAAACUGUCGUGAAUACUGACCGUAUGUUUAAGAAUAUUCAACUGCCAUUCCCUGACAUAACAGAGCUGUUGUACUGCACCGAUCCAUCACUACCGGUGCUGUUCACGAAAACCACACCCGAGUUAUGCCGUGAGAUCAGUACAAGUCUUCAUUCCGAUGCACUCAUUAAGACUAAUGUGCCGUCAAAUGUUUUGGUUGAAAUAGCGAUCAAAGCAUUUCCCAAGUCUUCCCAUUACAUGACUUUCAUAUGCCUUUUGGAGUACCUGUUGGAAAAAAAUACCUCGGUUCAAAUUGGCAUCACUAUGUAUGUUAUCAACUACGACUUCAACCCUGAAACUAGGGAUAUGAGCAUGAUGAUGUACUUCCGGCAAAUGUGGAAUGACCCUCGACUGAUAGCCAAUGUCAUAACCGAGGAUGCGUAUGGUGGACAGUCACUUAUGGAGAGGGUAUGA